AUAGAUUCUUAGCUAUAACCACUUGGCCAAAAAAAAGUUCUUCCGUGGGUUCAGCAAAUAAAGCAGUAUAUAUACCACGAAUACCGAGCUAUAUAUUCAGGAUAUACCAGGAAGUUCAGCUUUCUUGCAGAAUUAUUAGUUGUUCUUGGCUAAGUUUUCCAGCUCUCCGCUCGCUUGUAGUUAAUCAUGAAGAUAUACGAGGACCCUCCGGCGGAGAUCUCCCACAACGCCCACCCUGCGCACAAGCUCAAGCUGGUGACCACCGACGGCCCGCCGUUCCGGUGCGACGGCUGCCGGGAGCCAGGCAACGGCAAGGGGCACAGGUACAGGUGCGAAGACUGCGAGUUCGACCUCCACACAACCUGCGCCCUCCCAGAGUCCCCUCUAAAACAUUCUCUGUUUGGCGACCUCGAAUUCAAGUUCCUCCCCCAAGCCCCGCCCCCCGUGGAUGCAGCGUUCUGCAACGCCUGCGGCGACAGAGCGCCCGGGUUCGUCUACCAUUGCUUCGAGAAGGACCUCGAUCUCCACCUCCACCCAUGCUGCGCGACCCUGAAGAUGGAAAGCGUUCUCCAGGACGGACAUCUAGUCCAGCUCUGCAAGGAGGCCGAGCAAGGUUGCCUCGUGUGCGGCGAGAAGGAGCGCCAGAGCUCCUCAAACAACAAGUUCUGGCGGCGUCACAAAAAAAACAAGAAGUUCUGGGCGUACCGCUGGCGCUACAACGGCAACUACGGAUACCUGCACGUGGCGUGCAUGAACAAGAUUGCUGUCCUGAGCUGGGAGCAAGCCUACCAGGACAGUGUCGGCGGCGGCAUCGUGGAGGCGAGCGUGCCGAUCAUGAAGGGCAUGCUGCAGUGGUGCUCGCCCAAGAAUACGGGGAGCAGCAGCGGGUCCGGGAUCCACGGGCUCGAUCAGCUCGCCAUUAUGGUUCAGGCAAUCUCGGAAGCGUCAUCAUCGCAGUGAUAACUGGGAACCCCUUGGCCAUGCAUGAUCAGUGCUGCUCUCCGGGGUAUUAGCGAUCGAUCGAGCUAUUAAUGAAUUUCCGUUUACGUAGGGUGUUUGCUUUGUCUCGUAUGAUUUUGUUAUAUGUAAGUUGCUUGAUUUAGACUUUUCAUAUUUCCUUCAGGUUUAUUCAUGCCACUUUGGACUA